CACAAAAAAACUCCCCUUCAUAAGCCUUUUGGCCCCUCUUUGAGAUUUCAAUUAUCCAAUGGGCAAUUAUAUGUCCUGCGUUUCUUCACAGACUGUGAAAGUUAUAUUACAGAAUGGCAGUGUUCAGGAAUUCAAAAGGUCUGUAAAAGCUGCAGAACUCAUGCUGGAGAAUUCUCAGCAAUUUGUCAGCCAUGCCAGCUGUGUAAAGGCCGGAAAGCGGGCUGCUGCGCUGGUAGCUGAUGAGGAGCUCCAGAUGGGCCAGCUGUACUUGAUGCUUCCCAUGCAUAAGCUCAACUCUGCUCUCACCGCAUCUGACGUGGCAUCUCUUCUUCUCUUCCAGAAAAAUAGUAGUUUUAAGAAUUCUGGGACCAGACGGAACCCUAAAGGGCAUUCCAGAAUUCUUCCCGUUUUGACUUACAUGUGCCCGCUUCCUGUUGUUGAGCGAAAACAGGGGAAGCAGGCGGUCGCGGGUUCGAAACGCGGGAACGGGAAAGAGGAUGAUAUCUGUGUGAAAACAGUGGUGGAGGUGGAGGAUGUUCCUACGAUUCGUAGACUGAGUGUCUGCAGAUCUUGGAAGCCCGCGUUGGAGACGAUUACAGAAGUUUCUAUUGUAGGAAAUUCAUGGUAGGGAAAGAAUUUUGGGUUAUUUUUGAAUCCCUGUCGAAGGCGGGUGUAUGAAAUUUGUCUAAAUAUUUAUGUUUUGCAUCUUCUUUUGUAAAGAUUCGGUUUUUUCCUUUAAUGGAAGUUCAUCCCUGCAUUCCAUCUUCUGCGGAUUUUAACCGUUGUUCGUCAAGAAGAUUGGAUUUUUCA